UGAUUAAAUGAAAUGCAUACAUUUGGUCAAGCAGAAAUAACUCUGACAGAAAGAUGGAAAAAUGCAUACUUUUUCUCUCAGUUAUUAAUGGCGUAUUAGACUUUUCAUCUUUAUUUUGCUCACAUCCACAUCUCCAGGCAGAUAUUGAUUAUGAGACAGUAUAUGUUGAGGAAGCAUUGCAGAGAGAGGGAGGGAGGGAGUUAUGCUUUCCAUGCUGUCUGGGAGGCCUGUGACAUUUUCAGUCCCGUCUUUGUGUCCAGUAUUAGGCCCAUGCACCAUAUCAACAUGCUGGGGCACAUAAUAAGCUGUAUGUGGUCUUUUACAGCAGAUUCGACUGGUGCCGUGUGUACGUGCUGUGUGUGCGGUGCGCACAGUGGUCAGAGAGAGGGAGAGAGAGGGAGAGGGAGAGAGUGAGUGUGUUCAAAAUGGAUGCCAUACACAUACACUGGUUGAGAGCACAGCGAGGGAGGGAAUCUGAUCCUCUCCCUGUCAAGCCUGUAGAGCUGCAUCUUACAUGUCUGAUAAAAGGCACACGACCAGUAUAUGUCUGUAUGGGGUUUAAAGGGAGUGAGAGACUCGGUUUUCAGGAGGUUUUUAGAAACAGUGAGGAACAGUCCUCUCUGCAUUGCAGCACUGUGGCUGAGGAGAGCGGGGAGAAGAGAGCCUGUGUGGCACACCGAGCUGAGCACCCAAUCAGGCACCUCCGUGUGGUGCUCAAGCCAAUCGGCAGCCUGCAGCCGAGGUUAAAGAUUGACAAUUGCAGGAGAGAGCAGCAGGGAGAGAAGGCCUUCUGGGAAACCUGGACCCAUCUUUUCCCUCAUCCCCCAACGCCCUCAAUAAUUGAAAAAGAUUAAAGAAUAGGCUGAAGAAUCUGUAUGUGAGUAAGGAAAAAGAACAGGAUGCUGCUGGGGUUGAUUGUCUGAGGCUGUCCAGACAGUUUGGCAGAAGAAGAGGAGAAAACUGAGGUUACCACGGACGGAAUGGAGAUAUCAACACGGUCCAAAGUUUCAGACACAGGGUCAACAGAACGGAUGACCCAAAAACGAAAGAUGCCGAGUCCCUCUCAUUCGUCUAAUGGUCACUCGCCUGCUGAAACAUCCCCUUGCCCAGUGAAAAAGAAGAAGAAACCAGGUGCUAUGAGCAGCAGCAAAGACCAGUCAGAACUAAGACAUGGUCCCUUUUACUAUGUGAAGCAGCCAGCACUCACCACAGACCCUGUUGAUGUUGUACCGCAGGACGGCAGGAAUGACUUCUACUGCUGGCUGUGCCACCGCGAGGGCCAGGUGCUCUGCUGUGAGCUCUGCCCCAGGGUGUACCACGCCAAGUGCCUCAAACUACCAGCUGAGCCCGAGGGCGACUGGUUCUGUCCGGAGUGUGAGAAAAUAACAGUUGCUGAGUGUAUAGAGACUCAGAGCAAAGCCAUGAUGAUGCUAACUAUAGACCAGCUGUCUUACCUACUAAAGUUUGCCCUUCAGAAGAUGAAACAGCCAGGUGAUCAUCCCCGCUUGUCAUCUCGCUCCCCCCAUGCAGCUUCCACGCAGAGAAAGACUUUUAAUUGGACCGAACCCUUCCAGAAACCCGUCUCUCUUGAACAGCAUCCAGAUUAUGCAGAGUACAUUUUCCACCCUAUGGAUCUUUGCACACUUGAGAAGAAUAUAAAAAAGAAAAUGUAUGGCUGCACAGAGGCCUUCUUGGCAGAUGCAAAAUGGAUUUUGCACAACUGUAUUAUAUACAAUGGAGGCAAUCACAAACUGACAGCUACAGCUAAAGUGAUAGUAAAGAUCUGCGAACAUGAGAUGAACGAGAUUGAAGUUUGUCCUGAGUGUUAUCUGUCUGCUUGCCAAAAGAGAGACAACUGGUUCUGUGAGCCUUGUAGUAACCCACACCCUCUAGUGUGGGCCAAACUGAAAGGAUUUCCAUUCUGGCCUGCUAAAGCUCUGCGGGACAAAGAUGGACAAGUGGAUGCUCGCUUCUUUGGUCAGCAUGACAGGGCUUGGGUUCCUUUAAACAACUGCUACCUCAUGUCCAAAGAGAUCCCAUUCUCUGUGAAGAAGACCAAGAGCAUCUUCAACAGUGCCAUGCAAGAGAUGGAGGUCUAUGUGGAGAACAUGAGGAAGAAGUUUGGAGUGUUUAACUACGCCCCCUUCAGGACACCAUACACUCCUGACAACAACUUCCAGAUGCUGCUGGAUCCCUCCAACCCCUCAUCCACUACAAUCAAACCUGAGAAACAGGAGAAGAUCAAGCUGAGCUUUGAUAUGACAGCUUCACCUAAGAUCUCUUUGGCCAGGACCAUGUUGUCUGGGGCUGGGGUGGGAGGGAGCACAGCAGGCCGGCGUCUCCCUCUCAGCGAUAUGCCUCGUUCCCCUAUGAGCACCAACUCUUCUGCCCAUACUGGUUCGGAUGGAGAGCAGGAGACAGCAGACAAGCCCCAGACAAAAGCUGCAAACAGCCAGUACAGUGCAGGAGAAGAGUCUAUGGACUGUACAGCAUCACCUGCCCAUCCUCGACCUGGUCCUGCAGGCAGUUCCUUGGACAGCCCUAAACCAUUCCACUCUCAGGCUCCUGGCGCUCCUAAGCAGGAGAAGACACCACCAACAGGAAGCAUUCUGAACCUCAAUCUAGAUCGGAGUAAAGCAGAAAUGGACCUUAAGGAGCUUAGUGAAACGGUUCAGCAGAAACAAGGAGCCACACCAGUCCUCACCUCUCCGAAAAGACAGAUCAAGAGCCGCUUCCAGCUGAACUUGGACAAAACCAUUGAAAGCUGCAAGGCACAGCUGGGUAUAGAUGAGAUCUCUGUGGAUGUAUACAAAGGCGUGGAACACAGUGACUCAGAAGACUCUGAUAAAUCAGACUCCAGUGACAGUGAGUAUGCCAGCGAUGAGGAACAAAAGACCAAGGAUGGUCAGGAUGCAGCACCUGAUGAUGAAGCCCAGAAGGAGCCUACUAAAAGUAAAGUCAAAGAACAGCCUUCCCUGAGCCAAGAUAAGGAAGGUAAAGCUGAUACACUUGUGGCAUCUGAGACUGCAGCAGGUGACGCCACUACAACACCAUCAGAUGCUCCAACUAAAGAGAAAAUAAGCACUGAUUCUGAAAAAGAAAGUCCAGAGAAGACUAAAGCACCUCCAGCAUCACCUGGUCUAAGAGAGAAGGCUCAGGCGAAGGAGGAGGCAAAGCAGCCUGUGGCAGUGGAGGACUCUGACUCAGAGAGAGAGCUGGUUAUUGACCUUGGAGAGGAACAGGGAGGCAAGGACAGGAAGAGGAGCAGGAGAGACAACACCACUGCUAAAGAGUCAUCUGCUGGUAAACCUGAAGGUAAAGCCCCGACCCCAUCAACAUUGCCAUCUCAAAACAGUACAGCACCUUCCACGCCCUCCAGUGUUUCCACACAGUCCCCUAUGGCCAUUCCUGUCACCAUGGUGUCCUUCACUGCUCCCUCACCCGCAACCAUAAGCCUUGCAACUGUGUCCAGUGCCACCGCAACACCCCCCUCUUCCUCCUCCUCGUCCUCAGCCUCCACCACACCAGCUUUGAAGAAACAGCGUCCUCUGCUGCCCAGAGAGACAGUGCCGGUGGUGCAGAGAGCUGUUGUGUGGAAUCCCACUGCUAAGUUCCAGACCUCCUCUCAGAAAUGGCACAUGCAGAAGGUGCAGCGUCAGCAACAGAAUCAGCAACCUGUGGCGACCACACAGAUGCAGGCGUCAUCUCCCAGGCAUGGCCAGGCUCAAGUGCUGACACAGACACAGGCCACUGGGAACGGGUCGACAGCGGUGUCCUCAUCUUCAGCACAGCAGUCUUCACAAAGCACACGCUAUCAGACCCGACAGGCCGUUAAAGCUGUUCAACAAAAAGACACUCCACUCAGCACAUCCACGUCAGCUGUCACCUUGGUAUCCAGUAGUCCAGCUUCUGUAGCCAUGAUGGCAGCAUCAAGUUUAGGUACAGCUGCUACAUCUUCACCAGUGGCAACAGACCUGUAUAUCCCCACUGCCUCGGCGGAUGUGGCUGCAGAUAUCGCCAAAUACACUAAUAAAAUAAUGGAUGCAAUUAAAGGUACAAUGACUGAAAUCUACAAUGACCUUUCUAAGAGUACGUCAGGGAAUACAAUAGCAGAGAUAAGACGGCUUAGAAUCGAAAUAGAAAAACUGCAGUGGCUGCAUCAGCAAGAGUUGUCAGAAAUGAAGCACAAUCUUGAGCUGACAAUGGCAGAGAUGAGGCAAAGCCUGGAGCAGGAGCGAGAGAGGUUGGUGACUGAGGUGAAGAAACAGAUGGAGCUGGAGAAGCAACAAGCAGUGGAUGAGACAAAGAAGAAACAGUGGUGUGCUAACUGCAGGAAAGAGGCCAUCUUCUACUGCUGCUGGAACACCAGCUACUGUGACUACCCCUGUCAACAAGCCCACUGGCCAGAACACAUGAAGUCCUGCACCCAGUCAGCCACAGCCCCGCCACAAGAAGCUGAGGCUGAGUCGACAGCAGACCUCCCAAACAAAGGUUUAGGGCAGACUAGCAGUGGCCCGAACUCUCUCAGAGACACACCAGUCUCUGCACCAUCAGACAAAGACUGUGAAAUGGAGAAGAGCACUGAUAACGUUGCUGUCACUUUGUCCUAAACAAGCUUAUCAUACUUGAAAAUGUAAAUGUGUAUAGAUUUUUUUUUUCACUCUAAGGAUAUGUCUAUGUAAAUUGUUCUGUUCAAGCAAGGGAGCAAUCCAAAUUCGUUUUAUUUAUAUAUUUUUUGUUUUCAGGGCUCACGCACUGUCCCCACUGCACAGCGGUCUUCACAUUUUAAAUGUGGAAACAAGACUGACGGCAGAUAGUUAGUAACCACUAGAGGGGGCAGUUUAAACAAAUGUAUACUGAAUAUUCAUGCACUCCUUUACAGUCUAUAGAGAGCUGUCGUACAGAGAUCUUAAGAGCAUGCCUGAGUGUCACAUACACAUAGUGUAAAGGACAGCAGUUUAACAGUUUAAGACUGCAAAAAUGUAACCCGUGUUAAUGGACCACCCAGAUUUAGGUUAGACUGUUGACAGAAAUGUCUGUAAAUUCCAUAUUUUGUAUUCUGUUAAUUUAUUUGUUAUUCUAAUGUUGCCUGCUGUAUACUGCAAAGACAAUAACAAAUACAAACAUUUUAAACAAGCUGUUUAUAUGGUUACACCGUGGUCUCAUUAGUUAUGAAGCAGUCUGCAGAGUAUAGUUUACACUAAAGAUCGAGUGUGCACCUUGUUUUUUAAAGGCCCAGUGUGUAAGAUUUAGGGGGAUGUAUGUACAGAGAUGGAAUAUAUUAUUCAUGACUGGUUUUUUUUUUGUGUGUGUGUAAUUAUCCCCAUAUCAUUGUGUUUUGCCACCUCAGACUGCGCCAUUUAUAUCUACAUACAGAGCGGGUCCUCCUCUAUGGAGUCUGCCAUGUUGUUCCUACAGUGGCCCAGAAUGGACAAAUCAAACAGUGGCGCUAGAUAUCGCCAUUUGCUUUUUCAAAUCGGCCCCUGUAGUUCUCUGACACGCUUGGCACACAGGAGAAGUUUCAAUUGGUUGAAAUGAGCAACCUCAUUGGUAGAUGCCACUAAAUCCCAGACACUAGACCUUUAAACUAAGAACUUAAUUUCUGAAACUCAAGUUCAGAUAAUACAAUCUUUAAAACUGUUGGCUGUAAGCAGUGCCUUUUAAGUUUUAUCUUAUAGAUGUCUCAGAGGACCUUGUUCGUGUGUUGGAUUUAUUUUGGUAUAUGUGCAUUUUAUAAGACUUUAUUUAUUUUUUUUAUUUACUUGUUCAUAUGACAAGGAUAAAUGUUUACGACACUGCUUCAUAUGUAAAAUACAAAAUAGAUGCAAUUUGCUAAUUUGCAACCUCUGUCCCUGGUUAGGCUUGUAGAAUUAAAACAGUUAGUGUAAGAUCACUGAGCAAGGAGUAAUUCAAUACAAUAAUAUAACACAACAUACACCGUAAAAUACGGGCAAAGACUAAGUCAAAGAGGAGACCACAAUAAGAACAGAGACAAAAAACAAUUAACAAUGACUAUGGUAUUUAAUAUGAGAUCUGUGUGUGUUUAUGUGUACAUGCCCACACAUGUAGGUCCAUGCACUGUGCUUAACGCACAUGCAUGAGCAUGGGUUCAUAUGUGUGAUCAAAGAUUGUGACAAUCAGUGUUGACAGGCUUACUUCAGUUUUAGCCAUUGCUUUAAAUGUGUGUUAAAAACCUUGAGUUCUGUCAGUUUUUUUUAAUCUUGUCGGCUUCAUGCUGACUAUCUUUAACUCUAACAGCUGUGGCGCAUUUUGAUAUUAAGGACUUGGCAUGUCAGAAGUCUUGAAGAAGAGGUUUAUUAGGCCAUUAAAUACAGACUUAUGAGAGG